CCCACCUUCAGUAGGCAGUCUCCAAUGCUCCCUACAGUGAAAUUUGAUGCUUUCCAGCAAAGGCACACCUCUUUCAGGGUGUUGUGCAAAAUUCUGUAUUUUAACAUAGGGACAGAAAAUAUUAAAUAAGCUGGCCAGACCCCAAAGCGAAGCUGUCACUUAGGCUGAGAUUCAUCAACUCUGAAGAGGAGCAAAUUAAAGGUUUUGAUGGACCCAUCAAUCCCACCACUGUGAUUUUCCAAAGGUAGAACCUUUGGGGAGCUGCAGUCAUUUCACUAACAGGUUUUUAAAGGGUAGACAUUGGUGCUUCUGCCUGGAGCAGAUCUGCGGAGGAGUUGUUUUUUUCCUUCUUCUUUCAUGCUUUAUUAUUUCCUGAUUUCUGCAGUGGGAUGGGUCUGUUGAGAAAGAUUUUCAUUCCCUUUGUAGGAUUGGUCUUGGCCCUCUGUUUUUAUUCAGCAAGGGAGGAUUUUAAACCUGAGAUGUUGAAAGGGAAGCGAGUGAUAGUCACUGGAGCAAGCACUGGAAUUGGAGAGCAAAUGGCUUAUCACCUGGCGCGGAUGGGAGCCCAUGUUCUGGUCACAGCACGGACAGAAGCCAAGCUUCAGAAAAUCAUCACCCGGUGUCUGGAGCUGGGGGCAGCCUCCGCGCAGUAUGUGAGCGGCAGUAUGGAGGACAAGGCCUUUGCCGAGCAUGUGGUGAAGGAGGCUGAAGUAGUGCUGGGAGGCCUAGACAUGCUGAUUCUCAACCACGUUGGCAACUCGUACUUUAACUAUUUCGACGGCGACGUGGGACACGUGCAGAAGCUGCUGAAGAUUAACUUUCUCAGCUACGUGGCCAUGACUGUCUCUGCCCUGCCCAAGCUGAAAGACAGCGUGGGCAGCAUCGUGGUGGUUUCAUCCAUGGCAGGUAAAGUUGGGUUUCCAUUUACUGCUCCCUACUCUGCAACAAAGUUUGCCCUGGAUGGGUUUUUCAGCUCCCUGCGGCAGGAAUUAAUCAUUCAGAAGGUUGAUGUUUCCAUCACGCUCUGUAUACUCGGCUUCAUUGAUACAGAAAGUGCCAUGAAAGCAGCUUCCGAUGUGGUGCUGGUGUCCCCUGCGCCGAAGGAGGAGUGUGCACUGGAAAUCAUCAAGGCGGGAGCCCUACGCCAACGGGAAAUUUACUACAAAUAUGCAGCUACCAAAAUCCCCCUCUUGAUCCGGGACUGGGCUCCAGAACUCCUGGAUUAUCUGAUCAGAAGAAGCUACAAUGUGGAGAACCUAAAGAAAAAUUAAUCAGUCUGAGUUCUCCACUGCCUUUCUGCUCAUAUCUGUCUCUGGGAUUACCUUAAAUCAAGGCCUGGUGUGCUGUGGAGCUCCCUAGCCCAGGCUCCUUCUCAUUUAGGGAAUGCAAUGCUGGGAUCCCUCAUCGUGUGACCCUGGGAUCAUGUGGUAUUCUACAGUCCUGAAAACCAAUGCAGCAUGCCUAGAGUUGCCAAGUGUCUGGUUUUUUACUGGAAUGCCUGGUCGAAAAGGGACCCUGGUAGCUCCUGUCAGCACUACUGACGGUGUUGUUAAAAGUCCAGUAGGUGCCGCAGCGAGACUAAGACAGGCUCCCUCCCUGCCAUGGCUCUGCACGGCUCCAGGAGCCAGCAGGAUGUUUCCCCCACACCCUGGCUCCUAUGAGUAGGGGCAUCCAGGGGGUUCUGCACACUGCCCCCACCCCAAGCACCAGCUCUGCAGCUCCCAUUGGCCAGGAACAGCGGGCAAUGAGAGCUGCGGGGGUGGUGCCUGUGGACAGGGCAGCGUGCAGAGCCACCUGGCCAUGCCUCAGCAUAGGAGCCGGAGGAGGGAUAUGCCACUGCUUCUGGGAGCUACCUGAGGUAAGAGCCACCCAGAGCCUGCACCCCUAAGCAUGUCACUCCUGUCAUUACAGAAUACAAAUGCAGGCACUCCUACUUCUGCAGCUGGGAGCAUGGUGAAGUCAUGUUGGCCUUGAAAACCCAUGUUUUGGAAAAGAUUUUUGAAUUCCGUGCCCUGGGAUUGCAUUUCCUGUAAGUCUUCCUUAGCUCACACUUCUCUGCAUUUGAACAGAUUUAAGGACUAACUGACCUCAUCAGUGAAAUGCAAUGGCCAUUGCCUUUACCUCACCCGCCCUGUCUCAAUAUGGUCUUUAUGAGACAUUUUUAUUUAAAGGAACUAGGCUCUUGUUGCACCAUUGAUUGUUAGUCUAUGUAUUUGUCAGCUGCGUAUGAAGAGAUCUUUGCAGAAGCGGAAGGAUUGUAUUUUAUCCCAUACCUCCCUCUUCUGGUAGAUGAAAUCCUUGCAGCAGCCAGAUUUGAAAUUCACAGAAGAAAGGUUUCAGAGUAGCAGCCGUGUUAGUCUGUAUUCGCAAAAAGAAAAGGAGGACUUGUGGCACCUUAGAGACUAACAAAUUUAUUUGAGCAUAAGCUUUCGUGAGCUAUAGCUCACUUCAAUGCCUUAACAAUAUUAUAACUGCCCUUGUGAUCAAGCAGACUGUGGAAAGGUCAUUUCCACAGCAGAAAUCUGGCUAUGUUUGUUUUAAAAAUCUUUGUUUUGAGCUUUUUAAGCUAAUACACAGCACUUUGUAUUUUAAAUUAAGAGUGCAAUUCCUUCAAAAUUUCUCUAGAUCAAGGAGUCCUGGUUGUAAACAUGGGAAACUACAGUAUCCUGUCCCAGGAAAAAUCAGACAAUCUCUACUCCAGAAAUGUAUCAAUGUUUACUCAAGAGAGAAGACUGCCCCCCACCCAAAGCCAAGUGGCCUGAUUUUCAGAGGGACUGAGUGCCCGCAGCUCAAUGGGAGCUUGGCACCUCUAAAAACCAGCAGGCCAAGACCUAACAAAAGAUAGCCAGCAUUCCAGCAAACCCCAUUGCUUUAGCUAUAGUAUCUGGAAUAAUAUAACUACAUAAUACAGAAUAUAUAGCAAAAGAAGUAUCCAGAAUGUCUCUUACCUCAGUUCUGACUUCUUAGGAGCUGGAUUAUGGUUACAUAACAGCUGACAUUUGUGGUGACUGGGGGAGCAAGGUGACUGCUAGCAGACAGCAGCGCUGGCUUUCUGUUUUCCUUUUUGGGCAAAUAAUUAUUGUUGAUGGAAAUUUUCCAAAUUUAAAUUACAUUUUUUCCACAUGUACAAAAAAAUUGAACAAUGUUCAUGAAAUUGCUCCCCUUUUUCCAAAAAACUCUAAUAAAAGUGUCAAUGUGAAACUCUCCUGUCCCCCGAUCUGAGCUGAAGUUUAAGGAGAGAUGGCUGGACUCUGCACCAUGGGAUUUUUUCAUAACACAUGCUCACGGCUGAACAAAGUAUGAAAGACAGAAAUCUCCCACAACUCCAACCCCGGCCCAACAAAUACACAGAGCUGUGGAGCAUGUACCAGAGGAAAUGUAGUGAUGUAAAUUCAUUAUUAAAAUAAAAUUCACUAACCUUAGAGUUGUGUAUAUUCCCCCCCCCCUCCUUUCUCCAUUACAUCUUUUUAGCCCAUACUACCUGGGUGCAGUGCCAUUGACUCCAGUUCAUGCCUUACC